GGGGUUAUAUCGUGCCUUGUUUGCCCUGUCCGGGUAACUUUGGAUGGGGCCACAGUGUCCCCUCGAUUUUUAAGCAUUUUGAACGAAGUGCCGUUUGGGAGCUUAGUGGGCCUGUUCUUUUAAGUGAAAGGAGCCAAAUGAACCACCAACGUCCUGCUGCGUUUUUAUGACGCAAUUUAACCGCGACUCUUAUUUCUACAAAAAUGAAUUGUAAACGACAGCGAGACGAUAGCGACAAUACAGAGAAAAGAAAGAAGAGAAAGAAACGUGAAGAGAUAGCAGCACUUUCUCCGCUACUCGAGGACGAAGAUGUGAAGAGGGGGGUGAAGGAAGCAUGGUCGCAGCGAGCACAGUACUCUCAUGGUCAGCUACUUGCUAGCUAUCUUAGCUACAUGUGUACACCAAGCACAUGCUUUGGCUAGUCUUGUUUCUCUCUCGUUACAUAGAUGGUUAUUUUAUUGAUAAGCUAUUAGUCUCCCUACAUAUCAAUAUUGUCAGUCAAGUGCAAAGCUUUAGUCACAACUUUGCUUUCAUGACCACUGAUCUGAAAACACUAGAAGAUGUGGGUCAAACUAUCUACCUCCACAAUUAUCACUUUUCAUGAAGUUUAACGUUUUUAUUAGUCGUAUCUACGGAAUACGCAUGGUAUACAUCAUCCAACGAAAUGCUUACUUGCAGGUUCCUUCUCGACAAUGAAACAACAAUAAGGAAAGAACAUAAAGUAAAUGGCUCCGUAGAAUAGAAAAACAUGUUUUAGCAUAAGUAUAAUUAAUGAAGGCACAAUUUAUAGCCAAUAUGUACACUUAUAUGGGGGGGUCUGGUAGCAGCAGUUGUGAUGUGUGUGUAGCAUUCGGAAAGUAUUCAGAACCCUUGACUUUUUCCACAUUUUGUUACAGCCUUAUUCUAAAAUGGAUGAAAUAGUUUUUUCCUCUUAUCAAUCUACACACAAUACCCCAUAAUGACGAAGAAAAAAUUAUAAAAAUCAAAAAAUUAAAUAUUACAUUUACAUAAGUAUUCAGACCUUUGGCAGCGAUUACAGCCUCAAGUCUUCUUGGGUAUGACACUACAAGCUUGGCACACCUGUAUUUGGGGAGUUUCUCCCAUUCUUCUCUGCAGAUUCUCUCAAGCUCUGUCAGGUUGGAUGGAGACUGUCGCUACACAGCUAUUUUCAGGUCGCUCCAUAGAUGUUAGAUCGGGUUCAAGUCCGGACUCUGCCUAGGCCACUCAAGGACAUUGAGACUUGUCCCGAAGCCACUGCUGCGUUGUCUUGCCUGUGUGCUUUGGGCCGUUGUCCUGUUGGAAGGUGAACCUUCGUCCUAGUCUGAGGUCCUGAGCGCUCUGGAGCAGGUUUUCAUCAAGGAUCUCUCUGUACUUUGCUCCGUUCAUGUUUCCCUCGAUCCUGACUAGUCUCCCAGUCCCUGCCGCAGAAAAACAUCCCCACAGCAUGAUGCUGCCACCAUCAUGCUUCAUCGUAGGAAUGGUGCCAUGUUUCCUCCAGACGUGACGCUUGGCAUUCAUGCCAAAUAGUUCAAUCUUGGUUUCAUCAAACCAUGGUCUGAGAGUCCUUUAGGUGCCUUUUGGCAAACUCCAAGUGUGCUGUCAUGUGCCUUUUACUGAGGAGUGGCUUCCAUCUGGCCACUCUACCAUAAAGUAGUGAUUGGUGGAGUGCUGCAGAGACGGUUGUCCUUCUGGAAGGUUCUCUCAUCUCCACAGAGGAACUCUGGAGCUUUGUCAGAGUGACCAUCGGGUUCUUGCUCCCUGACCAAGGCCCUUCUCCCCCGAUUGCUCAGUUUGGCCGGGCGGCCAGCUCUAAGAAGAGUCUAGGUGGUUCCAAACUGCUUCUAUUUAAGAAUGAUGGAGGCCACUGUUUUCUUGGGGACCUUCAAUGCUGCUGAAAUUUUUUUGGUACCCAUCCUCAGAUCUGUGCCUUGACACAAUCCUGUCUCUGAGCUCUAUGGACAAUUCCUUCGACCUCAUGGCUUGGUUUUUGCUCUGACAUGCACUGUCAACUGUGGGACCUUAUAUAGACAGGUGUGUGCCUUUCCAAAUCAUGUCCAAUCAAUUGAAUUUACCACAGGUGGACUCCAAUCAAGUUGUAGAAACAUCUCAAGGAUUCACAUUGAGGGUAUGUGUCACUACUGUUACUCCUAUCUAUGACUGUAAGUCGCUUUGGAUAAAAGCGUCUGCUAAAUGGCAUAUUAUUAUUAUAUUAUGAUCAAUGGAAACAGGAUGCACCUGAGCUCAAUUUCAAGUUUCAUAGCAACGGGUCUGAAUACUUAUGUAAAUAAGGCAUUUCUGUUUUUUAUUUGUAAUACAUUUGUAAACAUUUCUAAAAACCUGUUUUUGCUUUGUCAUUAUGAGGUAUUGUGUGUAGAUUGAAGAGGAUUUAAAAAAUGUAAUCCAUUUUAGAAUAAGGCUGUAACAUAAUGUGGAAAAAGUCAAGGGGUCUGAAAACUUUCCGAAUGCACUGUAUAUGUGUAUGGGUCUGUGUGGGUGUGUGCAUGUGUGCUAAGAUGCGGAGAAUCAGAACAGGUGGUCAGUCCAGUUCAAGUGUUCAGCAGUCAGAUGGCUUGUAGAUAGAAACUGUCACUGAGCCUGUUGGUAUCUGACCUCAAGCUCCGUUACCGUCUCCUCGUGGCUGGGGUGUGUAGGGGUCCUUUAUGAUGCUGCGUGCCUUCCUCAGACACCAUUUCGAAUAGAUGUCCUGGAUGGGUGGGAGCACGGUCCCAGUGAUGUACUGGGCCAUCUUCACCACCUGCUGGAGGGCCUUGCGUUUGUAGAUGGAGCAAUUCUCAUACUAGGCUGUGAUGCAACUGGUCAGGACGCUCUUGAUGGUGCAGCGGUAGUAUUUGAAGAGGACCUGGGGCAGCAUGCCGGGUAUCUUCAGCUGCCUUAGAAAGUAGAGACGCUGUUGCGCCCUCUUGACAAGAGUGGUGGUGUUAUUGGUCCAUGACAAGUCCUCGGUGAUGUGGACGCCAAGGAACUUAAAACUUGUGACUCUCUUUCUGCUGCAGUCCUAUUGAUGUGGAUCGGGGCGUGUUCCCUCCUCUGCUUCCUGAAGUCAACAAUCAACUCCUUUGUUUUGCUGACAUUGAGGGAGAGGUUGUUGUCAUGAAACCACAAUGCCAAUUCUCGUACCUCCUCCCUGUAGGCUGACUCGUCAUUGUUUGUUAUACAGAAGAUAGCCCUGCUUGGUAAAAUACUAAGUCCAUAUUAUGGCAAGAACAGCUCAAAUAAGCAAAGAGAAACAACAGUCCAUCAUUACUUUAAGACAUGAAGGUCAGUCAAUACGGAAAAUGUCAAUAACUUUGAAAGUUUCUUCAAGUGCAGUCGCGAUGGAAAUGGAUCUGGAUCUGUUGUAGUGGUAGGCAAAUUGGAGUGGGUCCAGUGUGCCUGUCAUGCUGGCCUUGAUAUGGGCCAUGACCAGCUUCUCGAAGCACUUCAUGAUGACCGUGGUGAGUGCGAAGGGGCGAUAGUCAUUUGGGCAUGUCACCUUGUUUUUCUUGGCCACUGGGACGAUGGUGGUCUCCUUAAAAGACGUGUGUACUACAGCUUGGGACAGUGACAGGUUGAAGUUGUCCGAGAAGAUGCCCGCCAGCUGGUCAGCACACAUUCUGAGGACGCGGCCAGGUAUGCCAUCUGGGCCGGCGGCUUUGUGAGUAUUAACUUUUUUGAGAGUUUUCCUCAAGUCAGCCUCGGAGAGCGAAAGCACCUGGUCGUCCAGAGCAGCGAGAGUCUUCCUGGUUGGCUCGGUAUUGUCUGCCUCGAAGAAAGCAUAUCAUGUGUUAAGGUCGUCUGGGAAGGAGGCUUCGUGGGCACCGCACAGCUGGACUUUAAGACAUGAGGUCAGUCAAUACGGAAAAUGUCAAUAACUUUGAAAGUUUCUUCAAGUGCAGUCGCAAAAAACAUCAAGCGCUAUGAUAAAACUGGCUCUCAUGAGGACCGCCACAGGAAUGGAAGACCCAGAGUUACCUCUGCUGCAGAGGAUAAGUCCAUUAGAGUUACCAGCCUCAGAAAUUGCAGCCCAAAUAUAUGCUUCACAGAGUUCAAGUCACAGACACAUCUCAACAUCAACUGUUCAGAGGGGACUGUGUGAGUCAAGCCUUCAUGGUCGAAUUGCUGCAAAGAAACCACUACUAAAGGACACCAAUAAGAAGAAGAGACCUGCUUGGGCCAAGAAACACGAGCAAUGGACAUUAGACCGGUGGAAAUGUGUCCUUUGGUCUGGAGUCCAAAUUUGAGAUUUUUGGUUCCAACCGCCGUGGCUUUGUGAGAUGUAGGUGAAUGGAUGAUCUCUGCAUGUGUAGUUCUCACCGUAAAGCAUGGAGGAGGAGGUGUUAUGGUGUGGGGGUGCUUUGCUGGUGACACUGUCUGAGAUUUAUUUAGAAUUCAAAGCACACUUAACCAGCAUAGCUACCACAGCAUUCUCCAGUGAUAUGCCAUCCCAUCUGGUUUGGGCUUAGUGGGACUAUCAUUUGUUUUUCAACAGGACAAUGACCCAACACACCUCGAGGCUGUGUAACGGCUAUUUUACCAAGAAGGAGAGUGAUGGAGUGCUGCAUCAAAUGACCUGGCCUCCAUAAUCCCCCGACCUCAACCCAAUUGAGAUGGUUUGGGAUGAGUCGGACGGCAGAGUGAAGGAAAAGCAGCCAACAAGUGCUCAGCAUAUGUGGGAACUCCUUCAAGACUGUUGGAAAAGCAUUCCAGGUGAAGCUGGUUGAGAGAAUGCCAAGAGUGUGCAAAGCUGUCAUCAAGGCAAAGGGUGGCUAUUUGAAGAAUCUCAAAUAUCAAAUAUAUUUUGAUUUGUUUAACACUUUUUUGGUUACUACAUGAUUCCAUAUGUAUUAUUUCAUAGUUUUGAUGUCUUCACUAUUAUUCUACAAUGUAGAAAAUAGUACAAAUAAAGAAAAACCCUGGAAUGAGUAGGUGUGUCCAAACUUUUGACUGGUACUGUAUAUCAAAUCAAAAUUUAUUUGUCACAUGCGUAGACCUUACCGUGAAAUGCUUACUUACAAGCCCUUAACCAACAAUGCAGUUCAAUAAAUAGUUAAGAAAAUAUUUACUAAAUAAACUAAAGUAAAAAAUAUAUAUAUAUAAAUAAAAAGUAACACAACUAAAGUAAAAAAAAAAAAAGUAAAGUAAAAUUAAAAAUUAAAAGUAAUAUAUAUGGCACCCAAAGGGAAGUCACAAAAGGGUGUCACAAAAAAGUAUGUUUUUGGAGUAUUGAGAAGGUUUACCAGCUUCCUAUGUGCUGUUAGAACUGGUUAUAACCUCAAACGAAAAUGAGCCAGAGGCAACAACUAGCUCUAUAAGACAUACUUUAGUUAAUGUUACAUUUGUACACAUAAUUAGUGUUAAAACAUUGUUUAUAUUGCUAGACCACUCGUUGAGUGUUCCUCUGGUGUUCCUCUUAAGGGGGCCUGGAGCUGGACUGCCACCCUUUCCCUCACUGCAUCAUCAGGAACUUCAUCCAGAGUGAGAGCUUUACAGAGAACCUACAGAGGGAGCUUCUAGACCUCAACUUCCAUGAGAAGUCCAACGACCUGUACAAAUUUAAUCAGGUGAAAAAGGAAAACAGAUAGGAAUACAGUUUGGAAACGGGUUACUUCUUGUUCAUAAUGUUUCUUUACUCUGCCUUUUGGAGUUAUGACAUUGGGAGUUAUGACACUCAUUGACAAUUUAUCUUACAGUCAGAUGACCUGAAAAAGAGAAAAGAGCCUCACAUCACAGGCUUGAGGUAAUUUGUAUGUGUGUGUGUGUGAGAGUGAUUUAGGGAGGUAGAGAGAACAUGUUUGCUUUGUGUGUGUGUGUGUAGCAGAUGGGGAUCUGUGAAACUCAUUCCUCAGCCUGAAGUGUCUCCAUUUGCGCGUGCCUCCACAAGUGUACCAUUUGCACGACUGGGUAAGACGCUUCAGGAGGGCGGUCACGUGUUUGCGAGGCAGAGGUCCUGAGUUCGAGCCUCGUUAUGCGCUGAAUCAGGGGAAAGCUGUACUCACUAAGCAAGCAGCGUGAUGUCCUUUACAUGUGCAUGCUCUCAGUUUGGCUGUUUUUGAGCUUUGUGUGUGUUUUCAGGGCAGCACUAUUUGGGCGGUUUCGAUCCUGGCUGGGGGAAGUGUUGGGGGUAGAACUGGAGCCCACAGUGGACAUUUCCUGUGCCAAGUACCAAUACACUGGUGAGCCACAUGUUUUUAUCUCUACUCUUCAAAAAAGAAAUGAGCAAGCCUUUAUAUUAGCAUGCUCCUCCUCCAUCUCUAAUAAAGCUAUAGAAGAAAAGAGCAGAAGCACUUAGCUAUCCCCCAAGAUAUCCUGUUCUGCCCACUGCAUAUUUAGUCUAUAUGGACAUGCAUAUUUCUGGAAUUAAUGAUGAAAUAUGCAUGAUCUGUCUGUUACAAAUCACUCUCUCUCUUUAUCUAUUGUGGUCCUCUGUAGCUCAGCUGGUAGAGCACGGCGCUUGUAACGCCAAGGUAGUGGGUUCGAUCCCCGGGACCACCCAUACACACAAAAAAAAUGUAUGCACGCAUGACUGUAAGUCGCUUUGGAUAAAAGUGUCUGCGAAAUGGUAUAUUAUAUAUUAUAUUAUCUAUGCCCUCUCUAUCUCUCUGUCGGUAGAUGUUCUGUUGUGUCAUGAUGAUGAGUUGGAGGGGAGGCGUGUUGCCUUCAUCCUCUACCUUGUCCCUCCAUGGGAGUGCAGCGACGGAGGAACCCUGGAUCUCUUCAGCACAGAUGGUAAGUAUUGGUGUGUGGCUGUGUGUGUGUUGGCGUGAGUGAAAUAAUUAGUGUUUUAACUUAUAAUCUAAUUUGUGCAUAGGUCACUUCCAGCCCCAUAGUGUGGUGAAGUCUCUGGUGCCCAGCUGGAACACUCUGGUUCUCUUCGAGGUUUCACCCGUCUCCUUCCACCAGGUAGUUCUUCCUAUACCACCAGGUAACAACCACACGCUUCUCACCUGUCCAGGUAGCAGUAGUGCAAUCUACGGAUGGCUGUCUCUCUGUGUGUUUGUCCAGGUUGCAGAGGUGUUGUCAGAGGAUAAGUGUCGUCUCUCUCUGAGUGGCUGGUUUCACGGGCCGUCUUUGGAGCGACCACGUCGUCACAUCGAGCCCCCCUUCCCAAGGAGCCCCCACCUUCCCAGAGAUGUAAGUGUGUGUUUGUUCUGAAAGAGUGAACUCACAGCCGUAGAGCAAGGAUGUAGUCACAUGAAAUAAAUAAAUGUGCGUGUGUGUGUGCAUUUUACCUGAGUGUGUAUUUUGUGUCUGUUCACAGGAGACACUGCUGCUAGAGUGGCUGAAUCCACUGUAUCUGGACGUUGACUACCAGUCACAGGUUCAGCAAGAGUUCGAGGACAGCUCUGAGAUCCAGCUCAAGAAUUUCCUCAAAGUAACCCAUUACUCUACCUCUUCAUUUCUCCAUCUCUCUCCUGCUGCCUCUCUCCUGGUUGACAGUGUCUCUCUCUACAGGAGGAGAAGUUUAAGGAGGUGAGUGAAGCACUGCGAUCGACUGAGGUCCAGUGGACCAAGCGAGGUCCUCCCAACAGGAGGUGAGCCUGUCCAGUCAUUUGUUUGUGUGAGUGAGAGAGAUAUCCCUAAGGUGUUAUGAUGCGUGUAAAUGUAUAUGAUGUGUGUAAAUAUUUUUGUGUGUAUGUGCAUUGUGCAGAUGUUAUGAAGUGGCUUCGUUAGAGUCCUUCCCCCAGUGUGUGAAUGCAUGCUGGGAGCUGCUGUGCUCGGAGGCGUUCUUCCUGCUUCUGUCCAACUUCACUGGCCUGAGACUGCACUACCUCAGCCCCAGUGACGAAGACGAGGAGGAAGAGAAGGACCAAGAAGAUGAGGAAGAGAGAGAAGCCACAGGGUCAUCUGGGGACACACCAUCAGCUAAUAAGAAUAACAAAGGUGUGUUGCUUGUUUGUGUCUGUAUGUGUUUUUUUGUGUGUGUGGGUUUGUGUAUGUGUGUUGACCCCUGUGUGUAUCCUCAGAUCUGUGUGUUUGUGAGCCUUGACCUUUCUGUACCUCCUCAGGACUGAAUAUGCCUUUGUAAAUAUGUGUUGACCCCUCUGUGUGUAUCCUCAAGAGCCGAGCACGCCGGUGUGUGUUGGAGAGCUACGGCGCUGGGCUCACGGGGGCUACACACUACUGCACGAUGGAGACGCAUCAAGAGCGGAGUACGCCCUUGACCUACUGCUGCCCCUGAGCUGUCCUGGUCAGUCACACACGCUUAAUCAGACACUCAUGCUUAAGCACACACACAGACACACAAUGUAGGUUAGAAUCAUAGUUUUAGGAACUAUUUGCAAAGUUGUAAGUGCAAAUGUUUUCAUACACAAUAUCAACUCCAAAGUGUGAUAACUGUCUUUUUAUUUAUCAGACUGGCAGACUGAGUUUGGGGGCUUCACCUCUUACGUUGCUAAUGAAGAGGAUGAGGAGGUGAGUGAUGUCACUGUUCAAAUGGCAACUGAUUAACUAGAUUCCUAUGAUUGUCAUGGUUGUCAUUUCUCAUCGGUGUCCUCCUGUCCGCAGCUCCUGACGGUGUAUCCAGAGGAGAACUCCCUGGCUCUUGUAUACAGGGACAAAGAGACUCUCAAAUUUGUCAAACAUAUCAAUCACAGAAGCUCCACCCUACCUAUUGGUGAUCCUUGUAGGAGAGCAGUUUAUGACUUCUCCUUUGUGUAUUAUGAAUGAGUUUUUGUGUGGGUGUUGAGGUGUGUGUGUUUGUAAUAUAACAUCACUGUGAGGGGUGGUUGGUCUACUCUAAAGCUCCAUGAUGUCAUGUGUUCUUCAUUAAAGUGAACAGGCAGGGAUACCCUGUUACCAUGGUUACCUGGUUUUAGUCGGUAGCCACAGAGUAACGCAGAUAAAAAAUUGUCUACAGUGACAGCAUUUGGUAGCAUUUUGUGUUCAUUAUCGUGUGUCAUUAUUGUGGCGCUGUAUGGCUGAGUUGGUAGAGCAUGGCGUUAGCAACGCCAGGGUUGUGGGUUUGU